UCCAUCCCUUCCUGGUUCCUGCUGACAAAAGCAAACAUCUCGAUAGACAAAUACCGCACUUCCUUCCAACCGGUUAACUUCCUCCGUACCUUCCUCUUGUCGACUUCCCCACAUAUGGCCUCUUGAUAAACCCUAAUAAAUUUGUCAACGGUCAUCAAUGUCAGCUACCUUCCCUCCUAAUACUCCACAGCCUUAUUAAGUAAUUCUUCUCUCACUCCCUCCUCUUUCAAAAUCAGCCCUUUCCUCUUAUAUCUGCACACCCAUCAAUUUUUACUUUUUUCAGCAAAUCCUCUGUUUUCCUGUGUUUCAUUUUUGUUUGUUCUGUGGAUUGAAACGCCAAUAUGAGUCCAGAAAAAACCCACAGCCAAGAACAAGAAAGAAGGGCAAUCAAUGGCCCUCGUCCAACUCCAUUGAGGAUAAAAAUGGACUCCAAAGCCGUUAAGAAACCAUCAUCUUCCCAUUUUAGUAAAGCCCGGAAUUCGGAUCAUCAUCACCCAGUGAUCAUUUACGCCCAUUCCCCCAAAAUCAUCCACGCCAAGGCUCGGGAUUUCAGGGCCCUGGUUCAGAACCUCACUGGUCUCUCGCGGCCUAAAGAAGCAAUCGAGAACGAGAAAGAAAUUACUGCUGAGGUUGAGCAUAGUAAUGGGUCUUCUUCAUCGAUAACGACGGAAGAGAUUUCGUCCUCUUCUCAUCAAUAUCUGGCUGAUAUGCCGCUUUUCACCCCGAAUUCGACCAAUUUGUUGUUCUCUCCUCUGCCUAUGUAUCGAUAUUCGGAUGCGGUCUCGUUCUCUCCACUGCCAAACAUGGGUAGCUCGAUAUCGCCAUCUUUGUUCGCUGUCAAGAAGGAAUUUCCUAAAUUUUGAUGAAGAUGGAGGGACUCGGGGUUUUGGGCACAGAGAGUUGUUGUCUAGUGAUUUGACUUGGUUUCCUGAUUUAUUUCAUGUUCGUAGUUUGGUUCCUUCAUUUUUCUUAUUCCUAUUCUUCCGAUUAUGUGUUUUUUGAUGGGACAAAAGAUUGGAAUAACAGAGACAGAUAGGAGUUAGAUGUGAAUAACUUAUUUAGUUUGUCCUGUGGCCAUCAAGGUGAAGGUUGACAUGUCCAAGUUGGAAUGGUUUUGAUUUUACAUGUUGGACUGUUUGGAAUUGUGUUUGACUUUAAUCAUGAAUAUCCUGUGUGCGUUUUUUCCUGAU